CAGGCGGUCUCGCCGCCGGUGGCGGCCGACGCGCGGCUGGCAGCGGGGCGCGGCGAGCCAGAGCCGGCCGCCUUCGCCGAACCAGAGACGGCCCCGCCGCCGGGCGAGGCGGAGGCGGAGGCCCCAGAGGAGCCCCCAGCGCGGGCGCCACCCCAGGCGGCGGCGGCCCAGGCGCCAGCGUUGCUGCCAAGGGCGCCAGCGCCAACGGCGCCGCUGGCGCUGGCGAGCGACGGAGGCGUCGGGUCGGAGGCCCUGCGCGGGCAGCACGACGGCAGCCAUCCGCAUGAGGCACGAAGGACGGGGGGUGAAGUCCGCUCACUUUCCUACUGCACCCUUUCUCCCGCAACUGUAUUGGCUCAGGUAUUGGCUAAAGGACAACGGUGCACUGCUGGCUGUGCAAUGCACUGGAAAAGGAGUCCUACUCUUCGCCUCCUACCUACGGACCCCGUAUAGGAACGGCCCUUCGGCCGUCUCCCUAUACACACAGGUUAUCAGCCUUUCCUUAUCCGUUGUUUGCUGUUGCAUGUCGCGUCAUUUUGGAUUCCGCCGCUUGAUCUCCUCGACGGCGCACUCUCGCGACGGCGCCAUGGAGAGGACAAGAGAAACUGUGA